CCCCAGACUAAUAACAGUAACUGUGGUGGCUGCAACAUUGUGUGCAAACCACCAGAAACCUGCCAACAAGGCAUGUGUUCAUGUCCGGCCCCCAAGGUAUAAUGUAGCGGACAAUGCACCGACACUUCAACUGACAAUGAAAACUGUGGCAGUUGUGGCAAUAUGUGCAUGAGCGGAACAACUUGCAUGAGUGGAGAAUGUGCAUGUUCACCUCCGGAUACUCUCUGCAACGGGAAUUGCACUGAUACCUCGACUGAUAAUAGUAACUGUGGAAGCUGUAAUAACACGUGUCCUGCUGGAUCCAAUUGUAUGAACGGAACAUGCGUUUGCGCCCCCCCGAACAAUGCUAUCUGCAACGGACAAUGUGUCGAUACUUCAACCGACGUCGAGAACUGCGGCGGAUGCAAUAUCACGUGUGCCCUCGGUGCUACUUGUACUGCGGGAGUGUGUAACUGUCCCGGUGGUGAAACAGUCUGCAAUGACGUUUGUACCAACUUGAUGACUGACAACUCGAACUGCGGCAGUUGCAACAACACAUGUAUGAGUGGAACAACUUGUACUGAUGGCCUCUGCUGCCCGAGCGGUGAUACCAAUUGCAACGGCACUUGCAUUAACACGGCGACUGACCCCAGUAAUUGUGGAGGAUGUGGCACUGUGUGUGCUAUUGGUGCAAGCUGUGUUGCAGGGACGUGUACCUGCCCUGACUCCGAGACCAAUUGCAACGGCACUUGCACCAAUACAGCAACUGACCCUGAUAAUUGCGGAGGAUGUGGCAAUGUGUGUGCUAUUGGUGCAAGUUGUGUUGCAGGGACGUGUACUUGCCCUGACUCCGAGACCAAUUGCAACGGCACUUGCACCAAUACUGCAACUGACCCUGAUAAUUGCGGAGGAUGUGGUGAUGUGUGUCCCAUCGGGGCGAGCUGUGUUGCAGGGACAUGUACUUGCCCUGGCUCCGAGAUCAAUUGCAACGGGACUUGCACCAAUACCGCGACUGACCCCAGCAACUGUGGAGCAUGCGGCACUGUGUGUCCCAGCACUGCAACCUGCGCUUCAGGGACAUGUACUUGUCCCGACUCCGAGACUAUUUGCAGCGGAACUUGCAUCAACCUUGCGAAUGACCCCGACAACUGUGGAACCUGCGGUAACAUUUGCUCAUCAGGAGUCUGCGACAAUGGGGUGUGCAGCUCGACCUGCACCAACAUCGGGAAAUGCACUGCCCACUUCCAGAGCGGACCUUGCGGACCGACCAACACAUGUUUCUGUUACCUUACAGCUGAGGGUCCCGGAUUCUGCGGUGCGGCGAUCCCAGAGUCGACGUGCGACUCGUUGACCAAGUGUAAUGCUGGCAGUCAGGAUUGUCCCCUUGGUCAGAUCUGCUUGAAGCAGACAUGCUGCCCGGGCAAUGUGUGUGUGUCGGGGACCACUGCGUGCUAGGGGAGUGAAUCAAUUCGGACGAUGCAAUUUGUAUCCAGGUAGUGAGGCUUUGGAGAGAGACGUACUGUCUGCAAAAAGUGUUGGGAUGAAGAAAAUUGAAUGGGGAGGAAUCCUGGAGUUUACUUGCGUCUGCCUUACGGGCAAAAUAGUAAGCAAUGAAAUGGUUUUAGGACUCU